UGGGACUUCAUGUUCCAAACAAGGACAUUUUUAGCUUAAUGGACUUGCACUAUUUCUCUAUAUAUAAUCAACACUUGUCAAAGAGAGUUUUUAGCAGAGAAGAUGGGUUUGAGGGUUUCUUCAUCGUCUGUUGAACACUUCUGGCUUUUUCUCCUCUUCUUUUCCCUUUCCUUUCCUUUCUAUCAUGCUCAGAAUGCUACUACUGAUCCAUCUGAAGUGAGAGCAUUGAACUUGGUGUUUGCGGAAUGGGGAGCAGAAGCUGUAGAACUAUGGAACAUAAGUGGAGAACCAUGCAGUGGAUCUGCCAUUAAUGGUACGGCAUUUGAAGAUGGAAACAACAAUCCAGCGAUCAAGUGUGAUUGUUCCUACAACAGCAAUACUACUUGCCAUAUCACUCAAUUGAGAGUUUAUGCUUUGGAAAAGCGAGGAAGAAUUCCAGAAGCAAUUGUGGGAUUGAAAUAUUUGACCCUUUUGAAAAUUGAUCAAAAUUAUUUCACAGGUCCCUUGCCUGCAUUUAUUGGGAAUUUAACUACAUUGAAAACUUUGUCAAUCGCUCAUAAUGCACUCUCUGGAAGCAUUCCAAAGGAAAUAGGAAAUCUUAAGGAGCUAACCUUGUUGUCUAUAGGAGUGAACAACUUUAGUGGAACCCUUCCUCCAGAAAUAGGCAAUCUUGUCAAGCUUGAGCAAAUUUAUAUUAACAGCUGUGGAUUGGGUGGUGAAAUCCCCUCAACAUUCGCCGCUUUACAAAGCAUGAGAAUCUUGUGGGCAUCAGACAGUGCUUUCUCGGGCAAGAUACCUGAUUUCAUAGGGAAUUGGACAAACCUUCAAUCUCUGAGACUUCAGGGGAAUUCAUUUGAGGGUCCCAUACCAUCUAGCUUUUCUAACUUGACAUCUUUGGAUUCCUUGAGAAUCAGUGAUCUAUACAAUGUGAGUUCAACUCUUGAUUUUAUCAAGAACAUGAAGAGUUUGUCAGACUUGAAUCUAAGAAAUGCAUUGAUUAGUGACACUAUCCCAUCCGACAUUGCAGAGUAUACAAGAUUGCAAAGGCUGGAUUUAAGUUUCAACAACAUAACAGGCUCAAUUCCAAGUUCUUUGUUCAACAUGAGUUCUCUUGAAUCCUUGAUUCUUGGAAAUAAUAGCCUUUCUGGAAGCCUUUCUAGUCAGAAAAGUAAUACUCUUCAAACCAUAGAUUUAUCUUACAAUUAUCUUUCAGGAAGUUUUCCUUCAUGGGUAUCCUCCAAUCUACAGCUGAAUUUAGUGGCCAACAAUUUUACAUUUGACAGCUCAAACAUAAGCAUUUUGCCAAGAUUGAAUUGCCUACAGAGAAAUUUUCCUUGCAAUAGGAAUCCUCCACUUUAUGCAAAAUUUUCAAUAAAGUGCGGCGGUAAAGAGAGGAUAACAAGUGAUGGAACAGUGUUUGAAGCAGAGAACUCAUCUCUGGGAGGAGCAACCUUCAAUGUGACAAGUAGUGAAAAAUGGGCAGUGAGUAAUGUGGGCAUAUAUGCUGAUAGAACUAGUCCAGAUUAUUUUGAACCCACCUUAGCACAAGUGAAAAGCACCAACGUUCCAGAGCUUUAUCAGACUUCAAGGAUCUCUCCGAGUUCACUAAGGUACUAUGGCCUUGGUCUUCAGAAUGGAGAAUACACAAUUAGCUUGUUCUUUGCAGAAACCAAAUUCGAUGAUGAGAGCUCACAAACUUGGGAGAGUCUUGGAAGACGCAUUUUCGACAUCUAUAUUCAAGGAAGUCUCCAACAGAAGGAUUUUGAAAUAUCAAAGGAAGCAGGAGGUGUUGAGAGGGCAAUUAUAAAGAAAUUUAAUGUUACUGUAUCAGAAAACUAUCUUGAAAUUCACCUAUUUUGGGCUGGAAAAGGAACUUGUUGUACCCCUGAACAAGGGUAUUAUGGACCAAUUAUUUCAGCACUCAGUGUUAAUCCAGAUUUUACGCCUAAUGUUAGUGGGAUACCGCCAGAUCUUCGUGAAAAGAAGAGAAAUAUAGGGUUGAUUGUCGGUGUUACUGUCUCUGCUGGAAUUGUUGGCUUGGUUUUGUUAUUUUUGUUUCUUUAUCUUAACAGAAAGAGAGAAAAAGAUGAUGAGGAUGUGUUUGCUGGGAUUGGUCCUAAACCCAACACAUUUAGCUAUGCUGAAUUGAGAACAGCCACAGAAGACUUUAACCCUUCAAAUAAGCUUGGGGAGGGAGGAUUUGGACCUGUAUACAAGGGUAAACUUAUUGAUGGAAGAGAAGUAGCAGUAAAGCAACUUUCAGUAGAAUCAAAUCAAGGAAACAGUCAAUUUAUUGCAGAGAUAGCUACCAUUUCUGCUGUUCAACAUCGCAAUCUUGUCAAAUUGUAUGGAUGCUGCGUUGAAGGAAAUAGACGCCUCUUGGUCUAUGAAUAUCUCCAAAACAAAAGCCUUGACAAAGCACUCUUUGCAAAAAAUAGUUUCCAACUUGAUUGGGCCACCCGAUUCAAUAUAUGUAUGGGAACCGCAAGAGGAUUAGCUUAUCUUCAUGAAGAGUCAAUGCCAAGGAUUGUACAUAGAGAUGUAAAGGCAAGUAAUAUUCUGAUUGAUGCAGAACUCUGCCCUAAAAUAUCAGAUUUUGGAUUGGCAAAACUAUAUGAUGAUAAGAAAACCCAUAUCAGCACUCGAAUUGCGGGCACCAUAGGGUAUUUGGCACCUGAAUAUGCAAUGCGUGGACAUUUAACAGAGAAGGCUGAUGUUUUUAGUUUUGGAGUUGUUGCUCUAGAGAUUCUUAGUGGAAGACCAAACUCUGAUAAUGGCUUGCCUGAGGAACAAGUUUAUCUGCUUGAAUUGGCAUGGAAUUUGCAUGAAAGUAACCAAAGUUUGGCACUAGUGGAUCCAAGCUUAACCGAGUUUGACGAAAAUGAAGCACUUAAGCUCAUAGGGGUGGCACUCUUGUGUACUCAAGGCUCACCACUGAUGAGACCAACUAUGUCACGUGUUGUAGGCAUGCUUGCUGGAGACAUGGAAGUGAAUCAUGUGAUAUCAAAGCCAAGCUAUUUGACUGAUUGGGAUUUUAAGGAUUUAACCUCUGCCUUCUCAAAUCAAGAUUCUGCCCUAUCCGUUGAAGCUAAAACUAUCCAGCCAAAUGAUGAUAAUAACGCUGAGGUUGAGGCCAUGCAUACUCCAGUUAACCUCACUGCACCUAGCCUCAGUGAUCUCAUUGGGGAAGGAAGGUGAUUGGCAUGCUAUUUCUGAAAUAUGCAUCUUUAUAUGAUCUAUAGUUUUAUGAAUAAAGAACUGAACAUGAUGCUUUGCAUCUGUAGUACAAUAUGGAAACAUAUAUUUAUCUUGCUUGAAUUUAGAAUUUUAAAGUCAUGAUAUGACUUAUGUAUAAAAUUUCUAUUUUUAUAUGAAAAUACCAUUAAAAUAUUGAACAAUUAUUCAA